CGCUGAUAGUGGUACAUACGGGCGCCAGGUACGCGUGAGAUAUCCUCCAUUGGAUUCGGGUGACUACCGGGGAAAAGAAAAAGGCUAGUGACAGUACAAUCUACCCUGAGCUAGGUGACGACUCUCGCGGGCAGAGCAUUAAAGAGCUGAAGAAAGCUAUGAAGGUGAUCUACCCUGUCGUGUUUUUCGUCGUUGUCGAGCUCACUUCAGGACUGCUGCUCAGACCGAAGCCCCCUGCCUGUACAGCAUCUCCAGAUCCAGGGCCGUGCAAAGCUCACGUGAGACGCUACUACUUCAACGCCACAUCGGGCCGCUGCGAAGAGUUCAUUUAUGGAGGUUGUUACGGGAACAGCAACAACUACAAGAGGAUAGUCAGUUGCUACAAAAACUGCGCCAAUUUGUCCCACAGAAAGUGCUUAGCACCUUUGGACGUUGGGAACUGUUCUGCGGAGGUCGAGAGGUACUAUUUUGACGUCGUUAGCGGGGAGUGCCAGAAGUUCGUCUACACUGGAUGCGAAGGGAACGAAAACAACUACGCGGACCUGGGCUCUUGCCAGCGGGUUUGCAGUCGACGCACAGCAUGACCCUACAGUGCACUCAAAAGCACCACCGCAGUCUUUAAUUUUGAAAGAACGUUCCCAAGCAGCACAAAGGACCGGGGCGAAGCCGGUCCAGCAUCGGGAAAGAAUCCUACAAAGUCGGGGGCAUGCCACCAGCCGAUACCGGUCCUUCCUCCAGUUUGCAACACCGGGAUGAUUAAGGACCGACAUCGGCAGCAAGUAUUCGGUCCCAGCAGGUCCCCGGCGGAUCCCCGAUAAUGCUGGCAGGGGCUCCCCCCAUGCAUAUUUACCCCCCCAUGCAUAUUUUGGCAUUAAUAUGCUUAUUUUUAAUAAUUACAAUAAUUUUGAGUGUAAA